GGCAUUGCCAGCGCUGAAAGGAGCAUUGCCAUUUCUCUGUGGACUGUGUGGAUUUUAUUGAUUUCGGUGUUUAAGAUGUGGAUUCAGCUGAUUUUUGUUUAUUUCUUUUCCUGACUCUUCAAAGAAUCCUUUGAAUUAGUGACUGUUGUGUAGUUAAAAAAAUAUAUUUUUGUCUCAUUUCAAUACCAAAUAAAUUACCGUGUUAGUAGUAUUAAAUUUCUUUUUCCAAACCAUCGAAAAUUCACUAAAGUACUCCCCGAAAAAUUGCGGAUCUCAAAAUAACUCACAGAAAAACACCGAGUGUGUUCGACAAAGACUAACUAGUUUAAAGUUUACCAUUAGUAUGACGAUGUGGGGGAACAUUUGCCGCAUCUGCAGCAGCCCCGCGGACUAUGAGAUAUUUGCCAAAAUCCCCACCUACUUGCACGGUUCCACAAACGAAUUUCUUAAUUGGCAGAAGCCGAUUAACAUUUUGAUUGAGGAGACGACGGGACUAAAGAACUCGACCGACGACGGCUUUCCUCGCUACAUUUGUGCGCCGUGCAUCUCGUAUCUGAAGCACGCCGUGACUUUCCGGGAGCAGUGCAUCCGAAACGCUCUCAGUCUGAAGCUGGCCGAGCUGCACCAAGAGAAGACUGCCAAUAUCUCGGACGCUCGGAAGGCCGACAAGGAAAAUGCGCUAUUCACUCCAGCUGACCUGCGCUAUGUGGAGCAACGACCUGUACAUAACUUACUUCUGAAAAACAGCAGCGGAAAGCUGGACGCUUCCAAGGACAAAGUGCACAAACAGCUAUUGAAUCAAACGGCUCCACAAUUGGACAGCAGCUGCGAGCAGCGGAUCCAGUAUCUCAACGUACUGUUCGAGAAGCAGCAGCAACGAAAUGCCAGAAACAUUCCGGACGAUGAGGAGGAAUUCGCAGCGGCCAGUUCCAGCGAGGACAAUGACAACGAGGAAGCAUCGCUGCAGCGGAAACACAAAAACUGCUACAACUACAGCGAGACCAAUUUCGAGGAGGACGAUCCCAUGGAGCAGGACCAGUUGCGCGACAUAAAGGUCAAUAUACCGGAGCCCAUGUGGAAGGAGCGAAAGUGCCCGGCGUGCUCCAAGCGGUUCAUGUUUGAGGAGUCGCAGCAGUCGCAUUUGGACAAUUGUGUCGAGUACCAGUUCGUUACGUUUUUGGCCGAGGCGAAUAAGCUUCUGGAGAUCAGGCGGCAGAAAAUGGUUUCUCCUCACGAGUUCAUCCGGCGAAUGAUCUUUGCCCUGCACAAGACCUGUACCUGGCUGCAGGAGCAUUCGAUUGACUCGAAUCUGGCCGAUAAGCUCAACCAGGUGAAGAUGUCCAACGGUGAGAAGACAGUCGAACCAGUGGUUCCAGCAGCAGAUAUUCCAGCAGAGGAGCCACUGUUCGACUUCCUUAGUGGCACUACUACGCCAAUCACCGUCGAGAACAACGUGCUGUACGCCAUUGCACGAUCCGAGAGCCGCAAUUCGGAGAAUGCGCCAACUGUGAAGAAGCCAAUUCCCAUACGUGGCUCCACACUAGGGUUAGGAAUGGGUACGGGCACGGAUCAGGAGCGCGCAAACUUUCUGGAAAAGCUGCAGCGUGCUCAUCACGAUACCCCCAUAAAGGGCGCCUCCUCGGCUAUGGUUUUCUCCGCCCGAUGCGGGCAGUGCAAUUUAGUAUUUGAUUCGGUCUCUGAUCUGGAGGUUCAUAAUGGAACCCAUCACAACGGUGGCCAAGAAUCUAACCCUGACAAAGAAGCCCAGAGGCGUCGCAUAAUCGCUCUAUUUGAAGAUGAUAUAUAAGUGUUCCAAAUAUUUUAUUAAUGGACUUAUCUUAGCAACUCGAUUGCAGCCCCAUUUUAACCAAUUGUAUUUGUAAGCGUAACUUAUUUAUUUUUUCGUAUUUCGUUCCAUUCUAUAUGUAAAACUACAUACUCAAACAUUCUCAUAUACAUCCGGCCGUGGGCUCGAAUUCAUAUUUCAUAGGUUAUUCGAUAAAUAAAGAGAUACAAAAGACUUCAA